AUGGCUCAAGAACUCAUCCAGCUUCAACCCGGGACUCAGGUCGAGCGAUGGAAAAUCGAGAAGAAGUUGGGUGAGGGAGGUUUCGGUGCCGUCUACAAAGUCUCUGAUUCAACCGGCCAAUAUGCGCUGAAAGUGGAGGGUGUCAACGAGCAGAUUCAGGUGCUCAAGAUGGAAGUGUUCGUGUUGACCGAAUUGGGCAAGCGCGGUGGACGUCAUUUUUGCAAGAUCCACGACAAGGGACGCUAUGGGACAUUCAACUAUGUGGUGAUGACGCUCGUCGGGAAAUCGCUUCAAGAUCUACGCAAAGAGGGACCCGGUCAACACAUGUCACUUGGCACGGCUAUUGGUUGUGGAAUCCAAGCACUUGAGGGACUUGAGGAUCUUCACGCAAUCGGUUAUCUUCACAGAGACGUGAAACCCGGUAAUUACACGAUUGGUCGAAUCGGGUUGGACGAAUUGCGCAAGAUCUACGUGCUCGACUUCGGAAUGGCCCGCAAAUUCACCAACGAGCAAGGAAUCAUCCGCAAGCCACGUGCCGCUGCCGGAUUUCGAGGAACCGUCCGUUACGCGCCUAUCUCGUGCCAUCUUCAACGUGAACUCUGUCGCAAGGAUGAUGUCGAAAGCUGGCUCUACAUGCUAGUCGAACUCACAACCGGCAAUCUGCCCUGGAAGAACAUCCAAGACAUGCACCAGGUGGGAGAAUACAAGAAGCGCUGCCACAACACCGCCAUCAACGAGCUGUUUGUUGGUUGCCCCUAUGAAUAUCGCGAAUUGAUGACGCACAUCGACAACCUUAAGUACUACGAUGCUCCCGACUAUCAAUAUUGCUACAGGACUAUUCGCAGGGCUUUGACGUCCAACGGUGUGAAGGAACUCCCCUACGAUUGGGAGAAUAAGAUG